CUUGGUGUCUUCCGAGCCCACGCUCACCGCCGGCUGCACCGAUCCCUGCUCCAUUUCCAAGAUGAGCUUUACACCUACAAGGACGUGAAAUGCCAGAGUAACCAGGCUGCCCAGUUGUUUUCCUGGUGUCUGGAUCUACGAUUGGCGCAAACCGUCGCCAUCUUCCUGCCCAACAACCCCGCUUACGUUUAGUGGUUGGCCUUGGCCAAACUGGGCUUCCCCAUGGCGUGUCUCAACUCCAACACGCGUGGCUGUGCACUGCAGCACGUGCUCACUGCCGCCAGGGUCACUCAAGUCCUCACCAGCCGUGGUGUGCGGUGCACACACACACGUGUGCAGGAUUGCCAGAGCAGGGGGGAGAGGGGGAGGUGGUGCCAGUGCGUGUCGAUGCUUGUGAAUGGGUCGGCAUGGGUGUCAGUGGCGGCGCAGAUCACCGUUGUGGAGGAGGUGCUGCCGGCCCUUCAGCGUGACGGCAUCCGUGUCUUCUACCUGAGCUCCAUAUCGCCCACGCUGGGUGUUGAGGCCCUGCCCACCAUUGAGGCAGCCUCCGAUGAGCCUCUUACUGCCCACUACCGCGCCAGCGUCACCACCAACUCCAAGGCCAUGUACAUCUACACCUCCAGUACCACUGGGCUGCCCAAGGCAGUGGUGAUCACAGAGAGGAAGUUGAUGGCUGUGGCCAACAUGGGCCAGCUCUGUGGCCUGCAGGCCAAAGACGUCAUCUACACAGCAUUGCCACUCUCCCACUCGGUUGGGCUGCUCAUCAGGGUGGGAGAGUGCUUUGAGGUCUGUACGUACCCCCAUGCCCCAUAUGGCCUGGCCAGUGUAGGAGCCACCUGCGUCCUAUGGGCCAAGUUCUCCACAUCUCAGUUCUGGGACGACUGCCGCUGCUACGUCUCCGUCACCCAGUACAUGGGCGAGUGUCAUG